GCCCCACACCAUUUCUGAUCGACGACAGGAGUUUCCACUUGGUUAAGAAAGAGAAAGAAUUGAUAGCAGACCCAGAUGGAUACCAGCGUAAUUAUAAAUAUCUACAAAACCGUGUCGAGCUGCCUUUAUCUUGACUCUUGAUUUAAAACUUUCAUCAUCUCGUACAAUCUGUGCCGUUAUUUUGAGCAAACACGCGCAAAGCAUACUCCGAAACCAGUCACAAGACCUCGUCACGAUAUCACAGCUAUCAGGAUAUCUAUCCCCUGAAAACCUAUAUAAAGACUGUCUCACACAUACAUUUUCUUGACCGUACUCAUCACACAAAAAUCAUCAACGCUUCGAGACCCAAACCAAUUCACAUCUCACUCAAACACCUGACAAAAUGAAUCCCACUGCGCCAACAACCGCAGCCCCUACCUCUGGCAACGCCAACAGCUAUUUUAGCAUUCACAAGACACAAUCCACAGAGACAACCCCUGUGUCAACCCCUGGAUUCAAGGGCGAGGAGUUCGACCAAGCUGGACACAAGCUUCCUGCCCUCAACCGCGAGUUCCCCAAGCCUACAGAGGAACUCGACAUCCAAAGCAUGCUUGAUCGUCAACCUGGCCGAUGGACCACCAAGGGACAAAUCGAGGCCAACCAGCGCCGAGCCCAACAUGCUCGCAACGAGGAAGAGAUCAAGGCUCAGCGCAUGCGAGACUUCGAGAAAGCCAAGGAAGAGCUCCGUUCUUCAUGGCGGUUCUAGGCCACCUGCCCCAAACUUCACCUAUGGAGGACUUUAAAGCUGUAUCGGUUUACACGUGAUGAAAAACCAACUGGCGCAUUGUUUUCAGGGCUAUACCAAGAGUUCAACGAUUUACGACACUACGAAUAGACAUUAGAGAUCUGGCUUGUACGAUUGAGAAUACAGGAUAGAUAGAUUGGGCAGAGAAUAGUAUUUGCAUUUCUAGCAAUUUAGAGGUUCAACACGAAUUCACUUUUGAAUAGUGCAUUGUUUAAGCAAGGUCUGCAACGGACAGAACACGACCACCAAGAGUGAAGCCGUAACCAACAGCAGCUGCAAAAGUGAUGAGGUUGAACAAGGAUGAGAUACCGUGGAGCAUGCCAAACUUCUUGUUCAGAGCCUUCAUUUGAUCACUUUGAGGUCCCUCAGCAUACCACUCCUUGCCAUCUCGCUUGACUAGAGAUUGUUAGCACUGUCUCAAAUCGACUCCAUGAAGAUUGACGCACCUUGGCCACGUCGCUGCUUCAUAACUUCGACUGUCAAAGGCAGGAAGACGAGCAGAUUGACAGCCCCAGUCAAAGCCAUGAUGCUAAUAGGUAGCAGGGAGUGCCAGCGGGCAAACUCCGACACCAAGCCAGCAGGGCCAUUUGACAGACCAAUUAGUGUGUUUCCGGGAUAUGUCAAAGCUAGGACACCGGGCAAGACAGUCUGGAGGCCGAAGUAGAUGGGGAAGAGCUUCUGCUGGAUGGCAGAGAAGCUAGGGCGGUCGACCGUCCUGAACAUCACGAUACCAUUGAUGAAGGUCUGUUGAGCUGUUAGCAUUGAAAGAGUUCGUAACUUGGUGAGAUACAUACAUGGAAGAAAGUCGUUCCAAGUAGAGUUCCAUAGCUGCCGUAGAGUUAGCGAUGCUUUUUCUUACCGGGAUUGACUUCAUAAACUCAUAUAAACUUACGUGAUGAUAUGGUAAGGAGCCGGCGAGAAGGCCACUGCCUUUGCUGUGCUUGCCAUUGUUGCAAUUCUUCACUUGUGAGUGUUUGAUGAAUUGUAUCAGAUCCAACUUGCCGAGGCACUGAGGUGUUUCGAUAGUCAUGAUAUCACAUAUAGUCACGUGAUCCACAAGCUCCAUACCGAGUUGUAGUCUCCAUGAUGAGUUGAUAUUCACGAUUCAAAAGAUACAGAUGUUGCUACUGAAAUU